GUCUCUUUCUUCAGAUCGAUCACAUUCCUGAUUACCCCACCCAAACAUGCUAGCCAGUCUGAAAUGAAAUAGCUUGCAGCAAGCUUAAAAGGCCCCCACAUACCAUAAUACGUGCGGCGUCUCAGCCUCGACCGGUCUGAAUCCUUAGGGUCGUUCAAGACCGAUUAAGCUAUCUUAAAAGAGUCUUCUCGCAUAGCACUGGUUGUCCAUUUCUCUUUCUCAAACCACGUUCAUCCUUCGUAGUGAGGUCCUUUGAUUGGUUCUUUGCAUUCCUAGGGUUGUCUUUCCUGCUGGCCUCGGGAUGCGACCUGCCUCGUAUGCUCAUUAUCCGCCGUCCCGCUUGGGUGACCGACCGAGUGACGGCAACGACAGCCCGCGAACGCCUGGCGCUCACCCACCCAAUGACAGUCUACAACCGCGCAGCAUCCUGCGCAAACCAAAUCCUCUACAAGCUUCUUAUCCUUCGGAACCCGCCUUCCAGCAACCUCCUCGACUAUCACGUCCUCUUCCCACAACGCCUCGCGUGGAUAUGUAUCCGCCGUAUCAACCCCCCAAUUCACUUUACUCGGCAUACAAUGACUCUCCUCAUUCACCCGCCACCCCAUAUAGUCGUGGUCAGGCACCGUGGAUGCCUCGUGGAUUUGAAUCGAGACAACAGCAAUAUAAUCCUUCACAUCACGCUAAUUACCCCCAAACACCUCGCGAUCAUGGUGACUUUCAGAAACGUACUUCCCUGCCACCACAUGCCUUCCAACAACAGCAAAAUGGUGCUCGUGAUUGCUUUGCGUCUAUGCCAGAUAUCAGGCGCAUACCCAGAUCGUCGUCCGCGGAUAUAGAGAGGGACAGGCAGGCUCGGGCAUGCGGGCUUCAACUAGAUUAUACGUCACAUCAGAAUGCUCUCCCUCCCUCGUUUCAAAACCUGCCACGAGGCAGCAGGCGCCCUGAAGAAGAUCAGCACCAUCGCGAGCCGAAGACGCAAGACCGUGGCAAACCUUAUGCACCCCGACCAAAGCCGCACGUUCUGUAUCCUAGGCUCGAUAAACUCGUUCGACGUGAGAAACAUCGUGCAAUGGACCACGUCUCGUUUGACGAGGAUGUAUUGGAAUUGUAUAGAGAAGAAGGAGAUUUACGAGAAAAGCUCCGUGAAAAGCGGAAAGGCAAAGUUGAGAAGAGAGACCCAAAAUUUCAUGUUAUAGGGGCACCGUUGCGCGAUAUAUUGAUUCAUGCAUCAUCCACGAUCACUAUCGGCGAACACCAGCACGAUGUGCCGACCCUUGUUGUUGCUUGUGUAGAGGAGCUGACAAGAACAGGUAUUUACCAACAGGGACUAUUCCGCACGUUGCCUAGCCGCGAUCGGCACAUACAGUUGAUUGACAUCUACGACUCCAGCGCCGAUUAUGGGGAAAAAUUCAGCAUGCACGGGCAGACUAUGCCGGACAUUUGCGCCGUCUUAUCCACAUUCAUCUCCUGCCUCCCGCAUCCUCUCCUUGAUCCUAAACUUUACGGCGGAUUUUGGCAUUGGUGCGUCAAGCCCAGCGUGAAGCGCGAAGAGGUAAGGCGAAGCCAGCAGGACGCAGAAGAAGAGGAGAAACGCACCAGAGGCGAGCUGCCACUCUUGCUUCCCAUGUCAGCCAAACAGCAUCAGAGACAAGCUCAGGACGACCUUCACAUUGGUCACGACGGUGACAUCGAACGCCAUCAGAUCAUGGUCGCACAGAUAAUCCUCCGCUUCCUGCCUGUAGGCCAACUCUCCCUACUGAUUUAUCUCUGCGGAUUUUUUACCCAACUUCCCCUUUGUCCGGAGAACGGCAUACAAUUCGAGGAUAUUGCGCGGAUCUUUGGGCACAAGAUUUUUGGCGCGACGGCGAAGGUAUCAUCACAGAAGAUGAUGGUUUGGUUGUUAUCAAGGUGGCACAAUAUCUCAGAAGGUCUCCUCACUGAUGCGUGCGGGAUGUCGCGGCCGUCUACCCCUACACCCAAAGAAGAGGAGCUGCCCAAUGGUGAAGACAACGGUGAUAACCCACUGCUGAAGACCCCUAGUUCGCGUCGCAGUCGUUCGUCGGACAGUGAUCGUUCCUCGUACUCGUCUUCUCCCCACGAUCGAGCGGAAUCCAGUACCACUCGGCACCGUAAGAAACGGAGCAUAGAAUCUACGCCAGAGUCAGGAGAGGAGGCACCACCAAGAUCUCGCCGACCUUCAAGGCGAAAUCAACCAGGUCGCCGGAAUAGUGCAUUCAGUUCGCAUCGAAGGAAGGUUUCUGUGGGAGACCUUCCAGACGUCUUCUCAAAGGCGUUUGCGAACGCACGGGUCAGCCCUUCAUCAUCGGAUUCGAAGUUUCCUGAACGCACUUUGGGGGAUCCACCAGAAACCAUACUUCUCGAUGCUCAAGUACGCCUCGCGCGCCUGGAAAGCGAUCUCCGGCGCAACAAUAUGGUCGUUGUCGAUGCCAUUAAGGAAACGUUCAAGGCCACUGACGAAGCGCGCUUACUUUCUGAGAAGGUUGAGCAGCUGGAAAGGACAUUCAGGGAGAGGAAGCCGCACAAUCCAAGUACACCUGCCAGUGUAAGGGAACCGCUGCAGGUUAGCAUUUUGGAGGCAAAGUGAACGCGUACACUAGAAUUCGCAGAAUGUUACAGGGGGGUAAUAUAAUGGUACACAAUUCUAAGGGUCCUACUAGCUAUAUAGUUCCGGCUGUAAUGUUGCGGGUGAAAUUGCACAUGUUUGAUG